CAACCAAACUGCAGCCAACGAAUAACUCGGUGCAAAAUUAGGUGUGUUUUAGAAAGACGCUGUAAGUUUCUUCGGUUUGGUUCUACAAAAUGCCGAUUCCGGAGCGGAGAACGRGUUCACAAGUAAAAACUGCGGCUAAGGAUGUCUUCACCUCCGGAAGCUCAGAGUCAAGCAGCGGCUUUCAGAAAGCUGGUAAGUUUGUGCUGUCAUCSAAGUUAUGGGAGCACUCCUCACCAUCCAAGACCUGYGAYGURGUGYUGACGUUCCCUAAGGACACCGAAGACUAUGUAGUGAUGUGGCUGCUGUCCAGACUGMGGGCUCGUGUUCCUGAAUUGGACGUCCACGUUAGACAAAUGGCAAACUCUCCAGUCUACGCGUUUUUCUUCUCAGCGUCCUAUGAGGUGUACAUGAAAUGGGCCGAGGAACUGGGCUUCAGGAAGAAGCUGAUUGGUGGAGGAAUGGUUGAUUUCAAAGUUGACGAAAAAGAGUGUUUCGAGAACCAUGACGACCCUACCAAGUUCUUCACUUCAGGUGACAAGCAGACUAUCGUCCUGGAAAUGGUGAAUGGACUGCGAGCUGUGGAUGGAGAUGAACUGGGAAAAAUCAAGUUCUGUGAAGGAAUGCAAAUAGUGCCMAGAUUGUUGUCAGAGGARGUUGUCGAGAAGCUGUUUCCACUCCAUCACGAGGACGAUUUGGUGAAACUGAGAAAGACCUGGGUCAAAGCGUUCAACAAACCUCAACCACUCGAUGACAUCUGUCAAUACUUUGGAGUCAAAAUCGCCAUGUACUUCGCUUGGCUUGGGAUGUACACCAAAUGGCUYGUUGCGCCYGCAUUUCUUGGUAUUGUAACAUUCAUCUUGAGCAUGCGYGGUGAGGUGACACGUGACUGGUGCAUGUUGGCGUUCAACAUCUUUAACAUCGUCUGGGCAACGUUGUAUUUGGAGGCCUGGAAACGAAGGAGCGCAGAGCUUGCAUACAAAUGGGGCACCAUGGACAUGCCCUCAGAGGCCCUCAAGGACCCACGACCAUUGUUCAGGGGUGAAUACAAGCUUAGCGACAUAACUGGCCGUCUUGAACCACACUACCCAUCAAUCAAAAGGAAUAUUUUCCGUUACUGUGUUUCUCUGCCUGCGAUCCUGGCGUCUUUGGGUGUUGUUGUCAUAUCUAUGCUGUUUUGCUUCGAGUUUCAGCGCUGGGUGGAUAACAUGGAGAACCCUCCAAAACCUCUCAAAUUUGCCCCAAAGAUUCUUCUAGCAGUUUGUAUUGGACAACUUGAUGAUAACUACAAAAAACUUGCUUAUAAACUCAAUGACAAAGAGAACUACCGCUUGCAAGAAUCCUACGAAAACCAUCUUAUCAUCAAACUUGUUUCGUUCCAAUUUUUCAACGCUUUCCUAUCGCUGUUCUACAUCGCAUUYUAUCUCCAAGACUUCCCAAGACUCAAGAAUACUCUUGCUGCUCUUCUCAUCACAAAACAAGUUGUUGGUAAUGUCAAAGAGGCACUAGUGCCAUUCGUCAAGCAGAAAGUCAAGGAAUGGAAACAAAAGAAGAAGCUGGAAAAGGAAAAGAAAGAGUUGGAAAAGAAAGGCGUUAAACCUGAUGUUAACAAGAACAAGGAAUUGGACACUCCUCUCAUGAACCAAGCAGAAAUUGAAAGCAACAUGCCCGAGUAUGAGGACACCUUCGAAGAUUACCUAGAGAUGUUYAUCCAGUUUGGCUAUGUCGUUCUUUUCUCGUCCGCAUUCCCUUUGGCUGCCUUGUGCGCUUUGUUGAACAACGUUGUCGAAAUCCGCAGCGAUGCUUUCAAACUUUGCACCAACCUCAGGAGACCUUUUGGUGAGAAAGUGGAAAACAUCGGAACAUGGCAGGAUGCAAUGGAGGUGAUGGGUGUGGUCGCUGUAAUGGUCAAUCUUGCCCUGCUUGGUACUGGUGGRUCUUUGAACAGGAUGUUCCCUAACAUGACAACAGCACAGAGAAUACUUCUCAUCGUCAUCCUAGAGCAUGUCGUCCUGGCCAUCAAGUUUGCCGUUGCCUAUGCCAUUCCUGACGUUCCUGAAUGGGUCGAGACUGAAAUCGCUAAGGUUGAAUUCCAACGACGUCAGGCACUCAAGGGUAAGGAGGCUCCCGCACCACAGAGCCCACCACCAAGCCCAGAAAAAGAGGCCAGCAAGGAAGAGCCUGCAACGUCAGUUUGACAUGGUUUUGGCAUAGAAGAAUACGACGUCGGAGAGAAAGAAUGGAUUAUGGAAUACUUUGUUUGAUAGCAAGUAGUCAAGAGAAUGUAUUUGCAACUUUAGGGCCGAUUAUUUCAUGUAAUUGGCAGAAUAAUUACACAAGAACUGGGUUAUAUAGGAUUUGUUCUUCAAAUAUCAUUACCCGACUAUUUCAAUUUUUAAUUGCACUUUAUAUAUUUAGUUAGCGAAACAAAUUGGUUAUUUCAAAUUUGAAAUAACGACGAAACGCAUUAUACAAUUGGUAGCGGUUUUCUCUUUAACUACAAAAAGACGCGAAAGAAACCAUAAGAACAUGGAGACAAAAGUUAUUUGACUGUGUACCUUGUUAAACUGAAAGGGACUUAAAUCAAUACUGAAGAUUUUAAUGAAAAUCUACAAUUSGCACCAAACACUGGUGAAUUGGAAAAAYUAUCGAGAGAUACAUUGAAACAAAUAAUAAACAAACAAAAACGACGUAAAAAUGUAUGAAGCUUGGAACAAAUAGGAAACAAACAAGUUAAUUGAUACAUAGACAAACACGUGUUAUUACAACAAAACAACAAGGACAUCAGUUUUUACGAAUGAAAUAAACUUCAACCGCAAAUAGGAAUGAAGUUUGGGACAAUCCAACUAGCAAAUAUACACAUAUCGCGAAUGGUACAACAGCGAUUUAUACUGGCUACAGGUAUCGCCGCGACUACAACGAAAAUGACUUACAUAUGCAUGAAGACAUACAAAAGGAAGCAAUGGCCGAAAUGACAACGAGCGAAAAGAGAGCGCUGAAGGACACAAAGAGUCGUACUCAGUCUUCGGUAGGAAAGUUUUUAAACUUAUAAUGGCAGCUUGACUGCACUGAGCUAUAUCGCACUUACAAACGUUWUACUUCUACAAUACACUAAGAAAGACCUACAACUAAUAAGACAUUCCAAACCUGAAUAUUGACCAUCAAGAAAAAUGCUGGAAUUUAAUAAGAAAACUGUUGCUAAUUGUUUAUAGGAGUUUUAUCUUAUUCUGAAUGGUGGCUCGUUACUGUAAACGUCGUUUAUGAAAAGGCGGGAAGCACUUGAAUAGCUUCUCUGUCUGACCAAUAAGAGAGCUUCAUGAGAGUGACACUUGUCAAUCAAAUACGCGGUCGUGAACUACUUCUAAAGCUGCCAAAAAACACUCACUUCAAUUUAUAAUGUAAAGUUUUUAAUCAUUAUUCAAUAUUAAAAUUUUGCACUAUA